CAUAUACAACUUCAACAUACACAUAAUCUCUCACUUAAAAAUAUCUCUCUCUCUCUCUCUACAAAAUCAAUUCCAAUGUUGGUGGGAAAGAUAAGUGGAUAUGAAGAUAAUACUCGCUCUUUGGAGCGAGAAACAUCUGAAAUCACUUCUCUUCUCAGCCAAUUUCCGGGGAAUACUAAUGUCCUUGUUGUUGACACCAAUUUCACCACUCUACUCAACAUGAAACAAAUCAUGAAACAAUACGCUUAUCAAGUGUCUAUUGAGACAGAUGCAGAAAAAGCUCUUGCGUUUUUGACAAGCUGCAAACAUGAAAUCAAUAUUGUGAUUUGGGAUUUUCAUAUGCCUGGAAUUGAUGGACUUCAAGCUCUCAAGAGCAUUACUUCAAAGUUGGAUUUACCUGUAGUGAUUAUGUCUGAUGAUAAUCAAACGGAAUCUGUGAUGAAAGCAACAUUUUACGGUGCUUGUGACUAUGUUGUGAAACCGGUUAAAGAAGAGGUAAUGGCCAAUAUAUGGCAACACAUUGUACGGAAGAGGCUGAUCUUUAAACCGGAUGUUGCUCCACCGGUUCAAUCAGAUCCGGCUCGCUCUGACCGUUUAGACCAAGUCAAAGCUGAUUUCAAGAUCGUAGAAGAUGAACCAAUAAUCAAUGAGACACCGCUGAUCACAUGGACCGAAGAAAUUCAACCGGUUCAGUCAGAUCUGGUUCAAGCCAACAAGUUCGACCAAGUGAAUGGCUAUUCCCCAAUCAUGAACCAAGAUAACAUGUUCAACAAAGCACCACCUAAACCGCGAAUGACGUGGACAGAAGUUAUUCAACCGGUUCAAUCAAAUCUGGUUCAAACAAAAGAGUUCGGCCAACUCAAUGACUAUUCCCAAAUCAUGAACCAAGAUAGCAUGUACAACAAAGCAGCAACCAAACCACAAUUGACGUGGACCGAAGAAAUUCAACCGGUUCAAUCAGGUCUGGUUCAAGCCAACGAGUUCAGCAAAGUGAAUGGAUAUUCCCAAAGCAUGAACCAAGAUAGCAUGUUCAACAAAUCAGCAACCAACCCGCGAUUGACAUGGAACGAAUUACUUCAACCGGUUCAAUCAGAUCUGGUUCAAUCCAAUGAGUUUAGCCAAUUCAGUGACUAUUCUCAAAUCAUGAACGAAGAUAACAUGUUCAACAAAGCAGCAAAGAAACCGCGGAUGACAUGGAGUGAAGUAUUUCAACCGGUUCAAUCACAUCUGGUUCCGACUGACGGUUUAGACCGAGACCACUUUGAUUCCAUAACCAUAAACGGAGGUAACGGCAUACAAAACAUGGAAAAGAAACAAGGAAAAAAACCACGGAAGCCGCGGAUGACGUGGACCGAAGAGCUUCACCAAAAAUUUCUGGAAGCCAUCGAAAUAAUUGGUGGUAUCGAAAAAGCUAACCCAAAGGUACUUGUCGAAUGCUUGCAAGAAAUGAGGAUAGAAGGAAUUACUAGAAGCAAUGUGGCAAGUCAUCUUCAGGUAAAGAAAAAAACACACACGCUAAAUAUUAAACACCGUAUCAAUCUUGAAGAAAACCAAAUUCCUCAACAAACACAAGGGAAUGGUUGGGCCACUGCGUAUGGUACACUAGCUCCCUCUCUCCAAGGUUCAGACAAUGUCAACACAACAAUACCAUCGUACCUUAUGAAUGGUCCAGCCACUUUGAACCAAAUCCAGCAGAAUCAAUAUCAAAAUGGUUUCUUGACAAUGAACAACAACCAGAUCAUAACCAAUCCUCCGCCUCCUUUGCCCUAUUUGGACCAUCAUCACCAACAGCAACAUCAGUCUUCUCCUCAAUUUAAUUACCUGAUGAACAAUGAAGAACUUCUUCAAGCCUCUGGCCUCUCUGCGACAGAUCUUGAACUCACUUAUCCAAGUUUACCAUAUGAUCCACAAGAGUAUCUAAUCAAUGGCUACAAUUAUAAUUAGUCAUAUAGCCCUUCUCUUUACUUAAGGCAGUCUAUGUAUGACAAAUAAUAUGCGACUUCCCUUGUGAGUCACAAUAUUGUUUCAUUAUUCUUUCAUUUAAACUCAUUAUAUAAACCCAUUGUUCCUUUCUCAUAGAUUUUUUAUGGAAUAAUAAUGUUAUUAACAAGAAACUGGAUUCUAAUUU